AAUGCUGACCCCAACGCUGAGUCCCAAGAGCCACCGCCUCCGCUGGACAUUGACGGAUCGCCAGCUUAUAAGGUGAACAUGCUGCUGGACUCGAGGCGUAGAGGGGGUCGGCUUCAAUACCUGGUGGACUGGGAGGGAUACGGACCUGAGGAGAGAUCAUGGAUACCUGCUUCCAAUAUACUGGACCCCUCACUCAUAGAGGAAUUUCAUCGAGCCAGGCCCGACCGUCCAGCACCACGACCACGGGGACGCCCACGCAGAGCGCCAGGAGUCGCUCCUAGAGGGGGGGGUCCUGUAACACCAAGCCAGCAGAGGGAGCCCUCGCCCGAGUAUUGACUGUUAGCACUCCCUCUGCUUUCUCUGCAACCCCUUCC